CAGACCAUAGGCAUGAGACAGAUUAAACAGAUCAUUCUGUAAAACAUCUGCGUCAAUUGAUCAUAAAUUUAGUAAAAAUUGGUUGAGAAUUAUGAUGUUCUUGAAGAUUUUACUGAAAAAUAUUCAUGAGAUAUUUAUAAUCACUUUACACCCCUACACGCAUACAAUGAAGUCAGAUACAUCUCACUAUCAGCUGUCUCCCUCAAUUUCACUGCACAUCAUCCCCAAUUCGCCCAGCCGCAUAUCCCUCAAGCCCAGUCGCGCUCGAACAUGUCAUAAACUCGGACCCCUUGCACCUAACUACAUCAAUCCACGUUUCUCCGUCCCCUUGCCAGGCGCUUCUUUGAUCGCCAGCUCCCAUGGCCUCGCAUGCCAUAACCAUAUCGGCCAUGCGCUCGCGAGGCGUUUGCAUGAGGACUCGGCCGCGUAUGUGGACACAUGCAAUUAUGAGGCCUCAUCUGGGCCGCACUAAGUCCCUGCAUGUUGCGCCUUUUCUCAUGCCGCCUUUGGUGUUUACUGGUUUGUUUGUAGCUUUGUGGAGUUGGAAGUGUUUGAUGAUGGUUCUGUUCCAGAAUACGAUCAUCUAUAAUCCGUUCUUACCACCCAAUUCUCGGAGUUUGACCAUUGAGGAGUUCUCCCGCGAUUGUGGACGUGUGAAAUGGAGGGAAGAGAGAAUUAAGUCAUUGGAUGGAACAGAGAUUGCCUUGUGUGUGGCAGAUGUUCCCCCAGUAUCUCAAGUGAGUGCGGGCAAAGCAACGACACCAGUUUACAUCCUCUACUUUCAAGGGAACGCAUCGUCGUUACCACCUAGACUACCAGAUCUGUCCUGGAUUAUACGGCGAGCACAUGAUAAUGAACCCUCAGUUAACUACACAUUGGUUUGUCUGAGUUAUCGAGGGUAUUGGACAUCUCAUGAUAGACCAUCAGAACCAGGAAUCAAUCUUGACUCGCAAGCAGCAUUACAAUGGAUAGCUCAAUUACAUGAAAGCAGAUCAGAAAAUGCUGAUCAAGAGAAACCAACAGUACUACUCUGGGGACAGAGCAUUGGCUGUGGUUUCGCAACCAACCUUGCAGCCAAAGGUCAAUUCCCUCCAGGUAUAAAACUUAACGGUCUUAUUCUGGAAACACCCUUUACAAACGUCCGAGCGAUGCUCCAAGCAUUAUAUCCACAGAAGUGGCUUCCAUACCAAUAUCUCUGGCCAUUUCUCCGAAACCACCUGGACAGCUGGGCCAACCUCGGCAUGAUAGCCAAGAGAUUCCCAGAUACGCCACCGGGGAUAUACAUAGUGGAAGCCGGAAAAGAUGAGCUUGUUCCUGCCAAUCACGGCGAGGAACUGCUUCAGCGAUGCCGACGGGUUGGACUCCCAGUGGAGCGCCAGAAGGUCCGCGGGGCACUUCACAACGAAGCCAUGGUGAGAGUCUCGGGCAAACAAGCACUUGCGCAGUCCAUCUCGACGGCUGCAACACGGGCACGGGAACAGGACUUGUUAAGAAAAGGAGAAGAUGAGAACAGUGCAGGGAAGGGGUUGACUUGAAACUGGUCAAGUUGAGGGGCAAAUCAUUCAAGUCUCGAGUUCUCUGGCGUGAAUUCGGGACAUGUCGGUCAUCUGCAGCCGUGGCGUACAGGGAUCUUAAGUGUGUGUGACAAGAAAUGCCGUCACGGUCAACCGUAUAACGGGCAUUGUCACCGUCGAUGCCCUCAAAUCUCAGGGAGGUUUCUCAUCCGAGCCUUGCACUAAGGGUCAUUAGAACCCAGCAGGCUGUAUCGAGUGUGGAGGCGUUGGGAGCUAUGUCAGGUACCUUACCUUGGUUCCCCUGGUUAAAUCACAAAUCAUACCCACCGACGAAAGGCUAAAAGAUCCACCAUCAAUUAAAACAGCAUGGGGUUAAAGGGAAAAAAGUUGUUUGUGGUAGAGAGUGUGCUUGGAGGGGAGAAGCCAUUCUGUGAAGUCGUGAGAAUUAGAUAGACGAGGAGGCCUCGUAAGGGUCAUACAUCAUCAACCCAAUUGAGCUUGGCCCUCAAUUGAUCUCAAUUGAUUCUGCAAGAGCUUACGAUUCAGAUGAUGCAAAAAAUGACGAGGCUCGACCAUAUUUCAAGAGCCUUGCAGCUCCAUUGCCGAGCAUGCGUUAUCAUGCAGUCCCAUG